UGAGCUGGAUAUCUGGAUUCCGCAGCCGUUCCACGCCGAGGUCCCGGCUGACUGGUGGGACAGCGAGGCCGACAAAUCCCUGCUGCUCGGAGUCUUCAAACACGUGGAGCGAUGCAUGGGCGUGAUGCAGUCGGGGACGCAGAUGGUGAAGCUGAAGGCAGGAUCCAAAGGGCUGGUGAGACUCUUCUACCUGGAUGAUCAUCGCUCCUGCAUCCGCUGGAGGCCCUCACGCAAGAGUGAGAAGGCCAAGAUCACCAUUGACUCACUGUACAAAGUGACUGAGGGCGGUCAAUCGGACAUUUUCCAUCGUCAUGCCGACAGCAGCCUCGACCCGACCUGCUGUUUCACCGUGUAUCAUGGAAACCACAUGGAGUCCCUCGAUCUGGUGACCACAAAUGCAGAAGAAGCCAGGACCUGGAUCACUGGCCUCCGUUACCUUAUGGCUGGGAUCAGUGAUGAAGACUCGCUGGCCAAACGACAGCGCACACACGACCAGUGGCUAAAGCAGACGUUUGAAGAGGCCGAUAAGAACGGAGACGGUUUCCUGAACAUUGAAGAAAUAUACCAACUUCUCCACAAGCUGAAUGUCAAUCUGCCACGGAGGAAGGUCAAACAAAUGUUCCAGGAAGCAGACACUGACGAUCAGCAGGGCACGCUGACCUAUGAAGAGUUCUCUGUCUUCUACAAGAUGAUGUCUCUGCGACGGGACCUGUUCCUGCUGAUGAUGGCGUACAGUGACAGGAAGGAUCACCUGACAACAGAGGAGCUAGCCAACUUACUGCGUAACGAGCAGAAGAUGGCCAAUGUGACUCCAGAGUAUGUGGCCGAAAUCAUUGACAAGUUUGAGAGGUCUGAUGAGAACAAACAAAGAGGCGUCAUAGGGAUUGAAGGUUUUACAAGUUUCAUGCGCAGUCCAACGUGUGACAUUUUCAACCCUUUGCACCACGAGGUGAACCAAGACAUGGACCAGCCUCUUUGUAACUAUUUCAUCGCCUCCUCUCAUAACACAUACCUGACUGGAGACCAGCUUCUCUCCCACUCCAAGACCGACAUGUAUGCCUGGGUGCUGCAGUCCGGCUGCCGCUGCGUAGAAGUAGACUGUUGGGACGGACCUGAUGGAGAGCCGAUGGUCCAACACGGAUACACUCUGACCUCCAAGAUACCUUUCAAGUCUGUCAUAGCGACCAUCAAUAAAUAUGCCUUCAUUAAUAACCAGUAUCCAGUAAUUCUGUCCAUAGAGAACCACUGUAGCAUCCAGCAGCAGAAGAAGAUUGCUCAGUACCUGCGAGAAAUCUUUGGAGACAAACUGGACGUGAGAGAUGCCCUGAGCAGGGACUCAAAAACAUUACCCAGUCCUCAGAGCCUGCAGGGCAAGAUCCUCAUCAAAGGGAAAAGUCUCCCUGCCUAUCUGUCUGCGGACGCCGAGGAAGGGGAAGUGUCUGAUGAUGACAGCGCUGAUGAAAUUGAGGACGACUUCAAGCUUAAGAGUAGCAAUGGGAACGGUAAUCACCAGGUGGAGUCGGACAUCAGAAAGAAACUGGACUCUCUACUGAAAGAAUCUCGAAUCGGAGACAAGGAAGACACUGACAGUUUCAGCAUCCGUGCUCUGCUCCGGGCUACGCAUCAGGGCCUUCAGAAGAACCUGCGGCAGGGCUCCAAAGGGGUUCUGAAGAAAUCUCAAAGCAGAUCCUUACUCACGACGCUCAAACAGAAGAGGCACUCCAAAUCCAGGCUGUCAUGCCAAAGCGUGGACAAAGAGGAGGAUGUUCAGGAGACUGGGACCAGGAGGGAGGCCGGAGGACAGUUCAACAGGGGUGGAAGGAAGAGGAAGACGAUGAAACUGAGUAGAGAUCUGUCAAACCUGGUGGUGUUCACCAACUCUGUUGCCUCACAGGAGUGCCUAAAUCAAGGCACUCCAGGUGACGUUCUGUCCUUCAGCGAGACCAGAGCGCAAUCUCUGGUCAAUCACAGAGCCGAACAGUUCCUGGCUUUUAACCAGAGGCAGCUGUCACGGAUUUAUCCCUCAGCCUAUCGCAUCGACUCGUCCAAUUUCAACCCCCAGUUCUACUGGAACGUGGGCUGUCAGUUGGGUGGGACGAAAUCAGCCUACUUUCUUGCUCACGAGAAAGUACGCAGAUUAGAACCCCCCGGGCUGAAGCAGAGGGUCUACUGGCUCGAUUGCGCCCUUGGCCAGGAGGAUGGACAACUCUUGGGCCAGAGCCAAGGCCUUCGCCGGAUCACUGACAACUGUCGUUUUGACCCGGCCGGAACUUCAGUUCGUACCCCUGGGUUAAGGUGGAAACCACCCAAGGGUCAGAAGUACAGGCAGCCCAACCACCACUGUAAGCUGGCUGCUGAGUGCGGCUGCUAUUGGGCCCCUGGGCCUGCUGGGAGUGGGCACAGGCCUAUGAAGACCCGAGAGCUGCUGCCUGGUCCGCCUAGCUUGGGCAGCACGCUCCAGUGCCUCCAGGGCAGCUGA